AUGUACAGAGCACACUCGAUAUGCUUCACCAGGUCAUUCUUUGGAUCGGCAAAACCGCAGACAUAUAGCAUCACGCGAGUUCUUAAUGGGACCCCUCAGCAACUUUACAAGAUAGUUAGCGAAGUCAAUAAUUACAAAAACUUUGUUCCAUUUGUUGAGGACUCGUUCGUUUCGAGUAGAGAUGUGCAACAGCAACCGAGCAAGGCAGGGUUGAAGGUUGGAUGGAAGGACAUUACUGAAAAGUUUGAAUGUCUGCUAACAUGCAAGGAGAAUGAAACAGUGCAUGCAAGGAGCAUUGAAUUGGACUUGUUUCAUGAGUUGGAGACAGAAUGGAAGUUCAAAAAUGCAAGUGGAAACAAAUGCAGGAGGAUGGUCGAAAAUGUCAGGUCAGCUAAGUGGUCUCCAUAUGUUUACAAUUCAGACAGCAUAUUGUUUGACCUUUACUCGCAAAUGGCAUCGCCUGUUAUACACGUGGAGAUACUGGAUUAUGAGGCUGACUUGCAGCUUGGUGUUGCAGAAUCAUAUGACUUGGAAGCUUCAGAAAAUGGAAUCACAAUCAGUAGCGAAACUGUUUGGGGAACAUUGCAUGCUUUGACAACACUUCAACAGUUGAUCAUCUACAAACAUGACCGGUUUAUGUUGGAAAGGUCGGUGCUGAUUCGAGACUAUCCACAAUUCCCACAUAGGGGGAUAAUGAUUGACUCGGCACGAAAUUUCCUCCCUGUGGAGUCGAUACUCCAGCAAAUUGAUAUCAUGUCACACGUCAAGAUGAACUCCUUGCAUUGGCAUUUGGUGGAUACACAGAGCUGGCCGUUGGUGUUAAAGUGUCAUCCCGAAAUGCUGCGGGAUGCAUAUUCUGAGCAGGAAAGGUAUACAAUCAACGACUUGAAGCGGGUUCAGUCUUAUGGUAGGGAAAGGGGUGUUCGAGUUAUACCAGAGAUUGAUAUGCCUGGUCAUGCCAGAGCUGGCUGGAGACAAGUUGACUCUUCGCUUAUCAAGUGUGGAAACAAAUUUUGGAACGGCUACGCAGUCGAACCACCACCAGGUCAACUAAACAUUGCGAACAACAAGACUUAUCAAACUAUUCAUGAUAUAUACAGUGAAUUAAGUGAGGCUUUUGCUGAUGACUUUUUCCACGUAGGGAAUGAUGAACUUCAAAAGAGUUGCUACCCGCAAGAUUGGUUUGAGAAUCAAACUUUAAGUGAUGUGACGGGGAAGUAUCUAGACUCGGUGUUACCUAUUUUCAACAAUAGAAAAGGGAGAAGGUUGAUAAUGUGGGAUGAUGUGCUAACUUCAGAAGGUGCUGUAAAGGAGCUUCCCUUGAAUAUCACAUUGCAAGUGUGGCACGAACCAUCUCAUAUCAAAAACUUGACCCGCAAGGGAUACAACGUGAUAGUGUCUCUGGCAGACCACUUGUAUCUCGACUGUGGAUAUGGCGGAUUUCUCACCAAUGACUUUAGAUAUUCAGAUUCGCCUGAAAAUGGCGGCUUCAAUGGUGGCAAAGGCGGUAGCUGGUGCAACCCAUACAAAACUUGGCAGCGGAUCUACUCUUUUGAUUUCUUGUCUGAUUUGACAGAUCUGGAAAAAGGGAGAGUUCUAGGGGCGGAAGCAGUCCUCUGGUCGGAGCAGGUUGAUUUUACUGUUUUAACGGGAAAAUUGUGGCCGAGGUCGGCUGCGUUGGCGGAGUCUCUAUGGAGCGGGAAUAGAAACGAGAAGGGGUUGGAGUUUUCAGGCAAUGCAGGCUUUGAACAAUGCUUAUUAGGAUUAUCGGAUCUAGUUAAGCAAUCAUCGAAUUUAAAAGUUCAAAGUUUGGCAGUUGUCGAGCCUGCUUUGGCAUAUGUGCCUCAAAAUGAAGUUGAACAAUUGAGAGUCUACAGAGGCGUACUAUUGACAAUCAGAAACUUAGCACCAUCUCUUAAUAUUGAAUUCUUUCCCCUUGUAAUUCAAAGCUUCCAGAGAUUCACACAGUUGGAGGUGAAUGAGUGGGUACUCAAAUUACGACUAGUGUAUUGGGAAAUUUUGGCAAACUUUCAACGAAACAACUUCACUGAGGAGAUAGACUACUUGUUCACUUGGGGUGAUCUUUCGUUUAAAUCGCCAAUCAUUCAUUUUCUUUUUAGACAAUUUUUCACAGAGGAUCCCGAGGUGACUAAUGAAACCUUGCUCCAUCUACUAAAGAUCAGACAGAAUCAUGUUUUGAAUGAAGUACACAAGUUGUACCUAGAGGUGGAUUUUGAAAAUGUUGACCACGACUCAAAGAUGUUGAUUCAUCUCCUCUAUGAUAUAAUCACACAUGAAAGUUUUGCUAAUUGGAUUGACCAACAGGACGAGGAGACAAAGAUCCAGUGGUUACAACUCGCCACGGUUGUUGUCCAAACCAAGGACGACUGGAAUAAUUUUCAGUUGGUUGGCUUAUUGGUCUGGGCUGAGCAGAUAUUUUCAAAAACAAGCGAUACUUUGCGUAAAGUAUCUUUUGGACCAGAACCCAAAGAACCAACAAUUUGUGGCCGAUUUAGAGGCAAAAAAGACGGUAGAUGA